CAUCGCACGAUUAAUCAACCGAUUUUCAAUUCGCCCACUUACUAUCGGUCAUAUUUGCGUGCUAGAGCGAUUCGUGAUUGUUGCCAAUCUCUCUUUUUUUCCGUGGUGCUUAUCCUUCGAUGUAUCACAUUUUGGCGGCACACGUAUAUACGUUCAUCUUUGUUCCUGAAUCUUAGUCCUGUCAAACGUAUUCUGGGUUACGUCACUGAUAAUAGAUGUUGAACUAACUCAAUGGAUGCUUGCGUUGGCAUGUUUCAUUGAAGACACUAAACCCCUAGUCAUCAGGGUAGCACUUUGAGUCGGCAACUGAGUCUUGAUCAUCGAUUAUCGUAGUUUGUAAAUGAUAGCGAAGGCCGGUAGCUUACUUGCUAAAGCCGAUAGUAUCGAAGCUUCUACUGAGAAUAUGAACGUGUACCCUAGAUGCGUCUUAGUUCCCACUACCUACCUAGGUAUAGGUGUCUGUAGCCACCCGUAGACCGGGUUAGGUCUCUAUCUUGUAAGGGCCAGAAGGCCACUAUUGCUUGGUGGUAAAUUUUAUACCGGGCUUAAUUUCCAGCCCCAUUUUACCCCGUCCCGUCUUCGCAGCAUUGCGAAUUAUCGCGUGCCCACCAGAGUCAAUGCCCAUUUCACCUCUGAUACACCUACAACCACAAAUAAGGACAUAAUGGGUAUCAUUAGGACGGCAUUAUUGACGGGUGUCUAUGGAGUGACCGGAGGUGUAGCCAGCGUAGGUGCUGGAAUGGCUUAUCUAGCUGCGACGACCACCCUCGUCGACCUCACUAAGAGCGAUUCCAUGUUCCAUUCGAAGACAUACGCCAAGUAUAAUCCGAAGGACAACCCAGCGCAUCAGGAUGUUGUUUUCAAGCGCAUACCUCUAAGCAAACUCCGGCCCGGGCUACGCAACGAUGAGAAAGCCCUCACCCUCGAAUUCUGCCGUGGCGUGUGGAGUCGUUGGGGAUUCUGGCCGCAGAGUAAGUACCAUGAGCGGUACGAUAAACCACCCGGAUCGGAGAAUUAUCUGUGGCACACCUCAGACUUAGCUCUCGCCAAGUACGAAACAGGUUUGAAAUUCUCAAAUCACUUCGAGGUGGUCAACAACGAAGGCAACGAAAUUAUUGUCCGUUGUGGUGGAUCGCCAAUGGAAUCCGGAUUAAGGAAUUCGGACGGUCUAGUUGUCAUCAGCGCAAAGAUCGACCAGCAGGCCCAACAAGCUGAGCUCAUCCUCAAGUCUGCCUUAUAUAACAGCGCUGGGUCUUUCGCUGAGGGACAAGGCCACCCUGUUCCGCCUAAGAUCGUGUUCGCGCAUCGAUGGUACGUUCGUAUGUUGGUGCAGAGUGCUGUUAAAAACAUUAAGGCAUAAUGCGCUUGGACGUGGCUGGUUUGAAGUUAGACAGUACGGGGUUUCUUUGUAGAUAUCAGGAUGGAUAGAAAUAUUCGAUUUAUACCCUAUUUUAUGCUCGUCCUUCGUUUGACUUGAGCGAUUUGGAUAUAAUGGUGGAAUGAAUUGGUCAAGCAAUACACUACAUUGAUUCUAGAGUAAAAUUCUUACGAAGCCAUUCAUCAUCA